AUGGCUCCUCACAUCCAUCUUUUCAGGGAUGUCAAUUUACAUGCAUCCCCAUCCCACUAUGCUUUCACAUCGCCCUCUUCUCCCCAGGCACCAACACUAGUUGUGGACCGACCAACUGGGGAUCUCCGUCUCAAUGAUGGCCCUCUCCCAGGUGCAAAGCGGAUAUCUAGCAUUGCUGGAAUUUUAGGAAUGAUCAAGUUGAAGCUGGACAAGUACAUCAUUGUUAUCACCAAAGCCCAGCCCAUGGGACGACUUCGAGGUCAUAUGGUAUACAAAAUUGCCGCGACCGAGUUCCUCCCAAUGCGCGAACGUCCUCUCCACGAUACCGAUGAAGAUACCUACCUUGCGCUGAUCAAAAAUCUACUUCGCACCGGCCCCAUGUACUUCUCCUAUUCUUUGGAUCUGACCAACAGUUUCCAGCGUCAAUCACAAUGUGCUCCCGAGUUGCCCAUGUGGAAGCGCGCCGAUGACCGUUUCUUCUGGAAUCGCUUCAUUCAGUCAGAUCUGAUUGACUUCAGUCUGGGAGAGAAUGAUACCAGCGGCAUCCGAUAUGGCCCUCAGCCAGGCGUCGACCCCUACAUCCUCCCUGUUAUGUUCGGCAUGCUCCGUAUCACACCUGCUCGAGUCAAAUCAACUUCUUUCACAUUCGCACUUGUGACUCGUCGAUCCAGACACCGAGCGGGAACCCGGUAUUUCUCUCGCGGUAUCGAUGAGCUCGGCCACGUUUCGAAUUACAAUGAGACCGAACAGAUCGUGAUUCUUAAUGAUUCCACGGGUGGAAUGUCCGGAUUUGCUGGUGGGCAAUCAAUGUCCAAUGACAAGACAAACCAAGAUUUGCAGGUUUAUUCCUUCGUACAGACUCGCGGUAGUGUCCCUGUGUUCUGGGCCGAGGUUAACAACCUGAAAUACACACCGAAGCUCCAGGUUCGAGGUGUAGACACUGCGGUCGAGGCUGCUCGCAAGCACUUCUCGGAGCAGAUUCGUCUUUAUGGAGAGAACUACCUGGUCAACCUUGUCAACCAAAAAGGCCGAGAGGAGCGUGUAAAGAGCGCUUAUGAGCAGAUGGUUCGCACUCUCCUGUCAUCCUCUUACGAAACCGCUGAGAAUGAUGGGACGUCCGAGAAGAUGCAUGUUCUGGAAUCAGAUCGGAAGCAGAAAGAUAUGGAUCGUCUGCACUAUGUCUACUUUGAUUUCCACAACGAGACCAAGGGUCUUAAGUGGCACCGUGCCGAGUUACUACUAAAUCGUUUGUCAGAUGGUUUAGCACAAGGAGGCUACUUCCGUGGCGUUGAAGCUCCCGGUGCACCAGGCGGACAGCUGGACAUUCGAUCAACACAAUCAAGUGUAGUCCGUACUAAUUGCAUGGACUGUCUUGACCGGACCAACGUUGUACAGAGUAUGCUAGGCCGCUGGGCCCUAACCCGCCAAUUGAUGGAUGCUGGCGUCCUUCGCACUGGGGAAAAUGCCAAUGAUGAUCGAGAAUUCGAGGAUCUGUUCCGAAAUAUUUGGGCGGAUAAUGCGGAUGUCGUCUCCAAAUCCUACUCUGGUACCGGGGCCCUGAAGACAGAUUUCACCCGGACAGGUAAGCGUACUCGUGCGGGUGCGCUGCAAGAUUUGUCAAACUCUAUCACUCGAUAUGUGCGGAACAACUUCCUGGAUGGUCCCCGACAAGAUGGAUUCGAUGUCUUCUUGGGUACUUAUCUUCCAUCGGAUUCAAUGGCUGUGAACAUCCAGCUAUUUUUCGACCGCCGACCGCUUGUGAUCCAGUCUGUUCCUUAUGUCUUUGGAGCAAGCUUGUUCAUGCUCCUAGUUGCAUUAUUUACCCGCCAAUUGCCAGACGCUGCAGUUUGGCCACUUCGCAUUUUUAUGCUCUUCUGGUUGAUCAUUGGUGGAUAUUCCCUCUACUUCAUCCAGGGACACGGCAUGCUUUAUGUCAACUGGCCUAAGCUCAAUACCCCAAUUGCCGGCGCCGAGGGAUAUCAAGAUGCAAUCAUCAAAGCCCGCACAGAUCCAAUCGUUGGCCAAUGGCUUCCUUCGAGACGUCACCAACGUGGUGUCAGCAAUGCUCGCCUUGUCUUCCUCGAGGAAGGAAAGACCAGAAUUGAGUAA